AUGUUUUCUUUCAUUUUCAGUAUAAUAUUAUCAAUUACUGAAACGAAUGCACAAGUAACUGUACUAACCCUUCAAUCGUUCGUUACCAAUUUCGCAGGCCCUAAUUCGUUGAACGGUAAUGCUAACGGAAUACAGACAUUCACUUUUAAUGUGACCCGUCGAACAGGAGAUCGAUCUGAUUCACCUCCACCGACUACUACUGUUAACCCUUUGUCACUGCUUUUUCAACUUUAUCUCAGGGGUUUAACUCAAGCGUCUGGUACAGGCUUCCCAUCUUUUCCUCAGAUGCCAGGUGGAGGCUUCUCAUCUUUUCCUCAAAUGCCAAGUGGGGGCUUCCCAUCCUUUCCUCAAUAUGGUUAUCCUUAUUAUCCAUACUACGGUGGAUACAGAGGAUAUGGUUACAGCCCCUAUUCUUAUUACUAUUAUUAUUAUGGAUGA